AUGCCUAACCAGACGAACUGCGAACAAAUGGCUCAAGUUGCCACGUCAUCAGCUUUAAGAUUGGUUCUUUCCAUUACCACCAUUCUAUGUUUCUUAUGUAUCCCAUCCUGUUUAUAUUGUUUAUGGAGAAUUCAAAGAUCAAUGAAACUCCAUUUCAACAGCAAGUGCAUUUUCAUUACUCACAACAUCUUCAUACUCAUCCACGUGAUCGCUAGAAUAACUCUCCAUGGUAAAGACCUUAGAACUAUUUCGGACCAUGGAUCAGUGGAUGUGAGAUAUUUCCAUCAAGAACAAGAUGUUUGUAUAGCAGUACUCUUUCUUAGGCUUCAGUCAUCUGGAAAUUUUGGAGAAAUUAUCAUUUACUACUGUUGGCUUGCUUCCACUGGAAACCGAUACUAUCUCAACAUCCCAAUAUUCCUUGUCGUUAUCAGUCAACUAGUCACAAUACCUGCUCUACUGUAUCUUUUAAAGAAAAAUGAGCGAUUUCGGGAAACUUCUCUGGGCAAACAUGCUACACUGACCCAGAGAUAUCAAAUUUUUGAAAACUUGAGAACGUUGAACAUGUUUCGAAUUAUGAGUAUUAUUACAUGGAUCUAUGUAACUUAUAAUGCUGCAGCGACAUAUAUUGCUAAUAUGUACUUGAAGUCCAUGAGUAUGGAUAGACAGUUUGCUUAUAUAGAAGUUGUUCACUGCUUACCAUUCUAUUAUCUAGCUCUCUCAUUUUUUAUAUACCGUGAAGAUCGAAAACCUAGGAGUCAGUUCGUUAUCAAAGUGACCAAUUAUGAACCAAAUUAUUUCAAUGACCUCCAAAGAUUCUUUGACGAUGCGUUCGUGAAAAUCAAGCCUACCCAUCCAAAACACUAA